UUUAAACAAUUCUCUCAUCCACCGACUGAGAACCCGUCCAUGGUCAACGUCCUGUCUCAGUUAUGCUUCCUCCAUUCAGAUGACCUCCAAGCUAAUGCGCAAGCUCCAAUCCUCCGCGCACUGUCCAGCUGCCUCAUGGACUAGCAGACAUGACUUGAGAGUCCGGGUCUUUUGCCGGCAUAAAUCUUCCGCAGCUGGCAGCCAUCCUUUGCGACAGGUACCGCCUAGGAGAUACCUGGCUCAAGUCAGACCUGAACCUAUCUCGGAAGUAUGGUUUACUGCCGCUUCGCCCCGAUUCGGCCCUGCGGACGAGUUGCUCGACUCUCCACCAGGGAAUAAUGCAGACCAUCAACCGCCAAAUGAACGACUACUGAAACUAGGAAAGACAUUAAGAACACUAUCUCCCCUCCUGCCUGACAUCCUCACGAAACCGCUCCCGCAAGAACUGUUGUCUCCAGACGUCUCACUCCAUCUCUUCCCCUCCACCCACCCCCAUCUACCCGCCGUUAAGGGAAGGGUUGCAUACCGAGCUGCUCUGUGGACAUCUCCAGUUGCAUGGGGAUGUGUGCCCAUUGUCGGCAAUGUCAAACUGAAAAUUGUAUCUGAGAAGAUAGUCCGGACAGGGUAUGCAUUCUCGGGCCCUUCCGAAGAUCAGUCCACAGACCUAAGUGCAGAGAAGCUGGUGGUCCGGUGGAAGACCGAGCCUAAGCAAAAUGGUAACGGCAGCGGGUCGUCAAAUCUGUCGGCUUCAACUGCCACACAAACCAACGAGAUGUCUCACGGCGGCAUAAAUCGGGGUCUAUCAAAGCUCCUUGGAGGUGACAAACGGAUCUUCAACCUCAACAAGGGCGAUGAUUUCGCCGGCCUGUUCAUCUUCACAUUCGAUUCCGAGGGUCGGAUCGCCAGCCACACCAUCGAACAUGCAGACGAGGAUAGCGGAUUCGACAAGACCAGCAAGGUGGUGACACUGACGGACUGGCUCCUAGGCAAAGCUCGUUGGGGUCGAACCAAAGAGAAAGAGGAAGAGCUAGUGCCCGGUCUCGCAAUGAGAGUGUGCAGGGAAGAGUGGGAUUUAAGCAGACGGCUUGGACACGGCCACAGAUGAACAGUAAGACCUCUCCUCAAACCCUGUCAUGCUGCACAUACAAAGCGCAAGUCUUGGGAUUUCGAAGGCGAGUUGUACGAAAACACCAAAGGAGCAGCCCUUUUGUCUAUGGUUGCUUGUAUUGAUACCCUCCUCCACUCCGUGGAAUGACUUGAAUGAAUAAUACAGAUAUCGUAUCCUGAAAUCUCCAAGCCAAUAAGCUCAUCC